UAGAGUAUCUCGUUCGGCGUUCUUCUCUUCGCUCCCUUAUCUCCCUAUACUCCCUUCACGCCGUCCCCACGCUGGCCGCGCCCAUGGCGAUCGAAGCCGCGCGCCUCUCCCCUUCCCUCGCCGCCGCCGCCUUCCUCGGCCGCCGCUCUCCUCCCACAGCCCCUUUACUCCGCCGCCUAUGCCUCCUCCUCCCCCGCCGCUCCCUCCUCGCCAGCGCCAGCACCUCCUCCUCCCGCGCCUCCUCGGGCGGGGACGACCGCGUCGUCGCCCUCUCCUCGUCGGAGCUCCGCAAGCGCCGUGGCUCGACAUCCUCCACACCCACGCCCGGAGAGGACGAUAAGCUGCGCUCGCUUCGUCGCCUCUUCGCGCGCCCGGACAUUGCAAUCGACGCCUACAUCGUUCCCUCCCAGGAUGCCCACCAGAGUGAGUUCAUUGCGGAAUGCUUCAUGAGACGUGCCUACCUGACUGGGUUUACUGGCAGUGCUGGUACAGCCGUGGUCACAAAAAAUAAUGCUGCUUUUUGGACCGAUGGCCGGUAUUUUCUCCAGGCUGAAAAGGAAUUGAGCCAUGACUGGACACUAAUGCGGAGUGGAAAUCACGGUGUUCCAACCACUAUUGAGUGGUUGAAUGAUGUCUUACCAUCUGGUUCUCGAGUUGGUAUUGACCCGUUCCUUUUCUCAUCUGAUGCUGCUGAGGAAUUGAAGGCUGCUAUUUCUGACAAGAAUCAUGAGUUAAUUUUGAUUAGAGAUUUUAACCUGGUUGAUGAGAUAUGGGGAGAAUCAAGGCCAGCGCCCCCAAACGAACCUACCAGGGUGCAUGCCAUCAAGUAUGCUGGUGUUGACGUUGCAUCGAAGUUAUCUUUUGUCAGAUCACAGCUUGAUGAAAAUGGGUGUGACACUGUGGUUAUUUCAAUGCUUGAUGAGGUUGCAUGGUUGUUAAACAUGAGAGGAAGUGAUGUUCCACAUUCACCUGUAUUCUAUAGCUACUUGACUGUGGAGAUGAGCACUGCUACAUUAUUUGUAGAUAGCAACAAAGUAUCUGAGGAGGUAUUGGAGCACCUCAAGAAAGCUGGAGUAAAGUUAAAAUCAUAUGAAGCAAUUUUAUUUGAUGUAGAAAGGCUGGCAGAAAAGGGUGCAAAACUGUGGUUGGAUUCUUCAAGUGUGAAUGCUGCCAUAGUCAGUGUAUUUAGAUCUGGUUGUGACAGAUACAUGAGAAAAAGAGGAAAGACAGAGAGGCAAAUUGGCAAAGAGGCAUCUUCAGAUGAUCCGACCACCAAAAAGCGCGGUGUUCAGAAUAUGGAGUUAAACGGUCUGUACAAAGCCUCACCAGUCACCCUUGCCAAAUCAGUUAAAAAUGAGUCAGAAAUUAGAGGAAUGAAGAACUCGCAUCUAAGAGAUGCUGCUGCUUUAGCAGAAUUCUGGUGCUGGAUAGAGGAGGAAGUUCGUAACAAUGUGGCUCUUACAGAAGUGCAAGUUGCAGAAAAUCUUCUUGAAUUUCGCCGAAAGCAAGAUGGUUUUAUAGAGACAAGCUUCGACACUAUUAGUGGUUAUGGUGCAAAUGGUGCUAUAAUACACUACAGACCAACUCCGGAUAGCUGCAGUUCUGUUGGAAGUGACAAUCUCUUUUUGUUAGAUAGUGGUGCUCAAUAUGUUGAUGGAACGACUGACAUUACAAGGACAGUUCAUUUUGGUGAGCCAUCCCCGAGGCAGAAGGAAUGCUUCACAAGGGUUUUGCAGGGCCAUAUAGCUCUAGAUCAGGCAGUAUUUCCAGAAAGAACUCCAGGUUUUGUGCUAGAUGUUCUGGCACGAUCAUCUCUCUGGAAGAUUGGGCUUGAUUACAGACAUGGCACAGGUCAUGGAGUUGGAGCUGCACUCAACGUCCAUGAGGGCCCGCAGAGCAUAAGCUAUCGAUAUGGAAACUUGACAGCUUUACAGAAGGGCAUGAUUGUAAGCAAUGAACCUGGUUAUUAUGAAGACAAUUCAUUUGGCAUUCGUAUCGAGAAUCUGCUUCUGGUGAAGGAGGUUAAUUUAGCCAAUUCUUUUGGCGGCAUCUCAUACCUGGGCUUUGAGAAACUAACUUUUGUUCCGAUUCAGAGAAAGCUUAUUGACUUACCCUUGCUAUCACCUUCGGAGAUAAAUUGGGUCAAUGAAUACCAUGAACAAGUUUGGGAAAAGGUUUCCCCUUUCUUGAGUGGCAAUUCUCUCAACUGGCUGUUGGUUAACACAAGGCCUCUCUAGACACCAAGCAUGUCGCAACAUGACAAAAAGCAACCAAAAAGAGCAAGUCACUACUCACUAGGUAUGCAUUCACUUCUUGGCAGAAAGCAAGGGAAAACGAUGGCAACGUCCAAGGCAUUGGUUGAAGCUGGUUUAUUUAUCGGUACCCGGUUAGCUUAGUGCAAUGUUCUAAGCGGUGAAGCGAUUUGCAUACAUCUUCAUUUGCCAUUGGUUAUAUGAUUAGUAACCAUGAUAGUUCAGUUGCUUUGUUUGGUCUUCCCCCUAUAAUCAAUGCUAGGAUUUUGGUAAUAUAUGACAAGUUACAUAUACUCAAAAGUACAUUUUUUACUCAUAGUAUAUUCACUUGUGCGAUGUCAUUAUUUAGUAAAUACUUCAUCUGUUCACAAAUAUAAGAUAUUCUAACCUUUUCCCUGAA